UGUUGUGUUUGUGACUGUACUGGUUUUCUGCCUGUUGUACGUCAAGUUCACGUUGUAGUUACCUCAAGUAGUGCAUACUGGUACUCAAAGGCUAGGUGAAGCUAAACAUGGAAGUACGUGAUCAUUUCUUCCUCCUCCAUUUGGUUGGCCGGCGAACCACCAGGUCGUUGGAUAGCCUGUUCGUUGUACUACACUGACUCACUGUUGAGAUAGUUGCUUAGUGGUGUCAAAGUAACCUGAUUAGAACAUUCAUACUGUAGAUUUAUGCUCAGUUCUGUUGUCCUUGGAGAUUGAAGCAAGUACGCUGAGAGCAGCUUCUUCUCCCUUUGAUACCCUGCUUGCUUGGUGCAUGUACUUUUUUCUCUCAUGAUGAUCUUUCUGAGUGUCAUCUCACCAUCUCACCAGUAGGCACAUCCUCCCUGAAUUUGUAUGUGGGACUAGAAGAAUGAAUGGUCUUGUAGCUGCUAGCAUCGUAGUGAUAUGAAGAAACAACGCAUGUUUUAGUAGGCUGGAGGGAUUGAUAGAAUGGCAAGUCAUACAGCGAUCAUCUGCAGUAAGAGGUGCAAAGGAUGAUGUAAAUUAUAUAAUCAUUAAGUAUUACCGCUUCCCCAUCAGAAUAUUAACCCCGCCCCUUUUCAUCAUUGUUAGUAACUACAGGUACAAUUUGUUUUAAGUAAGAACCUCCCUGAAUUAUAUAAAUGAUUUCAGGCUGUGCAGUCGUCAGCGCUUAUCUGCACAAAGACGCUGCCUGUGUGUGAAGACAACCUGAAAAUGCAUACUAAACAUUGCGCACUUCAAGGUUGAUUAUGUGUUGAGUUGUGUGCGCAGUCUUUUCGCUAGCGAUCAUCGCGACGCGCGCGCAUUCACUUGACAUCGAUAAAGUAACUAGACAUGGCUUGUGUUUCUAGUAUACUCUCGCAGCGGAAAAUCUUUAGCAGGGUAUCCGAAAAAUCAUUUUUAGGACGAAGAGACCACACCUCCUCUGGGACAGAAGUACGUUGUGGUGCUAUAGUACUCUCUCUCUCUCUCCUCCACAAUUACCGGGUGGCUCUGAGUAUAUAUAACUGUAGCGUCAAUGAUGAAUGUUUGCACUUGAGCAAAAGGAGUGGUCGUGGGUGGGUUAUUUUGAACAGAAAAUCCACCCAGUGUAUAAAAAUCUCGUAUCUUUUGGAGGCCAUGAAAUGUUGAUUGUUAUUCCUGCCACGUCGCCGAGCGUUUGUGGAAUAUACGACGUCCUGAGCGUGUGUUGUUUUUUUCGUCUGUCUUUUUGUAUUGCAUGAUUCGCUGUAAGUUCGUGUCUGCUGUAAGAAUUGUCUUUGUUUUGCGUUUCCGUUGUAGUGUUGCAUGUAGUUGCUGGAGGAUGUCAAGCCAAAUGCAGGGCAAAGAAAAAUGUAAAAAA